GGCCUUCUAUCUCGCUCACACCCACUCCCUAUAUAUUUGUUCUUCCUCAAUUUCUUUCUGAUCUUUCUUCCUUCCAAUUCCAAUUCCAAUUCCAUCCAAUUACGAAUUACUCUCUGAUCACAACGCCAUCGCCAAAGGGUUUCAGGUUGAAAUAAGUGAUUUGUUGUAAUCAAAAUGUCAUCUCCAAGCAAGAGAAGAGAAAUGGAUGUAAUGAAACUGAUGAUGAGUGAUUAUGCAGUGGAGACUAUAAAUGAUGGACUCAAUGAGUUCAAUGUGGAGUUUCAUGGUCCAAAAGAAAGCCUUUAUGAAGGUGGAGUCUGGAAAAUUCGUGUUGAGCUUCCUGAUGCUUACCCGUACAAAUCCCCUUCUAUUGGCUUUGUGAACAAAAUAUUCCACCCAAAUGUUGAUGAGCUAUCUGGCUCUGUAUGCUUGGAUGUCAUUAACCAAUCUUGGAGUCCAAUGUUUGAUCUUCUAAAUGUUUUUGAAGUUUUUCUUCCCCAACUCUUGCUUUAUCCAAAUGCUUCAGAUCCUCUCAAUGGUGAUGCAGCAUCGUUAAUGAUGAAGGAUAAAAAGCUAUAUGACCAGAAAGUUAAAGAGUAUUGUGAGCGGUAUGCUAAGAAGGAAAACAUUAGCAACUCUACAGCUGAAGAGAGUGGAGAUGAGGAAGACAUCAGUGAAGAAGAAAGUGGAUCUAGUGAUGAUGAAAUUCCUGGUCGCGCUGAUCCUUAAAUGGGUUCAGUGCUCUUCCAUUUAUAUACCUUUAAAUUAAAAGCUACAUGUAAUACCAAUCAAAGCAUUAUUACAUGAUUAUUACUUGUUCAAUUAUAUGAAUUAGGAUUAUUUACACUAUUUUUUCUGUCUGUAAAAUUACAAUUCUCAUUCGUCAGUAAUUUCAUGAAAAGUCAUAUGAAAAGUCAUAAUAUAAUAUACAGUUAGUGUUUUACA